CACAUUUCAAGUCAAAGGGAGCACUUUAAAGGGAAGUUGUUGAGCUUAUUUGGGCAUCUUUUUAUUACUUGGGUGCCUUUAAAUGGACGCUUCGGGAAAGCAGCGCUACCGGGUCCAGCUUGAGGAGGUCGUAAAGCCGGCCCAGCAGAGGCGGCUCCCAACCAACGGCGAAAUGUGCGCGCGCCCGAGCGCAAGUCAGAGGCGCUGAGACGACGUGCGUAAAAGGCGCACAAGGCGGGCGAGCGAGCAAACCAAUCAUGCUGGCUCGAAAAAGCAUUAUCCCGGAGGAGUUCGGCUUGCCGGGGCUGGCGUCCCGCAUGCCCCGCAAGCCGGUGUUCCGCGACCGCGUCAACAAGGCGCGCUUCAUCGCCAAGAACGGCUCGUGCAACUUGGCGCACAAGAACAUCCGCGAGCAGGGCCGCUUCCUGCAGGACGUCUUCACCACGCUGGUGGACCUCAAGUGGCGCUUCACGCUCGUCAUCUUCACCACCACCUUCGUCAGCAGCUGGCUACUCUUCGCCAUGAGCUGGUGGCUGGUGACGUUCGCGCACGGAGACCUGGACCCCCGACGUCUCGACGGCGCGCACUGCGUCACCGGAGUCAAGUCGUUCACGUCGGCCUUCCUGUUCUCCAUCGAGGUGCAGGUGACCAUCGGUUUCGGGGGCCGCAUGAUCACCGAGCAGUGUCCCGCCGCCAUCACGGUGCUCAUCCUGCAGAACAUCGUGGGCCUCAUCAUCAACGCCGUCAUGCUGGGUUGCAUCUUCAUGAAGACGGCCCAGUCCAACCGGCGCGCCGAGACGCUCAUCUUCAGCCGCCACGCCGUCAUCGCCGUGCGCAACAACCGCCUGUGCUUCAUGAUCCGCAUCGGCGACCUGCGCAAGAGCAUGAUCAUCGGCGCCACCGUCCGCCUUCAGGUCGCCGGAUGGCAAUUGCGAUUUUGCCAAUGGGGUCGCCCUUACAUUGUCCUUCUGCUGCUUUUGCAGGUGGUGAGGAAGACGACCACUCCCGAGGGCGAGGUGAUCCCCAUCCACCAGAUCGACGUCCAGACGGAGAGCGCCACGUCCAGCAACAGCCUCUUCCUGCUCGCCCCGCUCAUCAUCUGCCACGUCAUCGACAAGAACAGUCCGCUGUACGACCUGUCGGCCAUGGAGCUCCAGUGCAGCGACCUGGAGGUGAUUGUCAUCCUGGAGGGCGUGGUGGAGACCACCGGCAUCACCACGCAAGCCCGCACCUCCUACGUCUCCGAGGAGAUCCAGUGGGGCCACCGCUUCGUCCCCAUCGUCACCGAGGAGGAGGGCGUCUACUCCGUCGACUACUCCAAGUUCGGCAACACCGUGCGGGUGGCCACGCCCCGCUGCAGCGCCCGCGAGCUGGACGAGAAGCCGUCCAUCUUGAUCCAGACCAUGCAGAAGAGCGAGCUGUCACACCAGAACUCCCUGAGGAAGAGGAACUCCAUGCGGCGCAACAACUCCAUGCGCAAGGGGGCCGGCGGAGGCGGCGGCAGCAGCGGGAGCUUGCGACGAAACAACUCCGGCAUGCUCUCGCCCAAAGUCCAGUUCUUCACGCCGGCCGAGGGCGGUCAGAGCGUGAACGCCGUCACCUGACAGGAGGCCUGGGUCCUGCUGCUUUGCUUUCUGCGUGUGACCUCUGCCCCCCCCUGGGACCUCUUCUUCUUUGUCUUGCCCUAACUUCAUUGGCAACAUUUCCAGAGCUAACACCUGCACCUGCACAUACUGCAAGACUGAGAUGAGGGAGUUGCUUCCAGGUUGCCAUGGUUAUGCUUCACUCAGCAAUGAUGCAGAAAAAAAUAGAUGGCACUUUUUCUUUUUGUUGCCAAGUCCUCAAAAUGAUCACUUUUUAUAAUAACCCAUUUUGGAGGAGAAAAUGUUGCCUUAUAAUGAGCCUCAUAAUGAUCACUAUUUGUCAUAAUCAAUGUUUGCCCAUUAAAAAAAACAAUGAAAUAAAUAA